UUGGAUUGAAUUAGUAGUUACAUACAAGUAACGACCAACCAACCGCUGGUGUUAAACCCAACACAUACAAACUGUCGGAUCUCACCAAAAACUUAAAUAAAACCAAACCGCUGACCCACAAAAACAAUUCGUCUGCUUCAGAUUCACAACUCGUGGCCGUGGGCGGUGUUUAAACAGAGUCAGGAUAGGGGACUGCGUUUCAAAGCCGGCUGCUCCGGCAGCCGCGAGAGCCGCCUCUUCAAAGGAGGUGGUGCAGAGGCUCUCGCAGCAAUCACCGGCAAUGAAAUCACCAACAACACCGCCGCCGCCGCCGCUGCAAUCGUCAUCAUCGUUGUCAGCAAUGACAGCAGCGAGUUUAGCUCAUUCGAAAUCGGAGAGAAUGAAAGGGCUUUUCAAGAAUAAGCCUCGAACUCCGGUUGAUAUUGUUAGACAGACGCGAGAGCUUCUUAUUUGUGUAGAUCGGACCACCGUUUCCUCCGAAUUUCGCGAUGUUAAGCGUGAUGAAAAGAUGGCGGAAUUGUCAAAAAAUAUCAGGGAGUUGAAAUCAAUUCUUUAUGGGGAUAGUGAAUCUGAACCGGUUUCAGAAGCUUGUGCUCAAUUAACUCAGGAGUUUUUCAGAGAAAACACACUUCGUCUUUUAAUCAUUUGUCUUCCCAAUUUGAACUUGGAGACUCGUAAAGAUGCCACCCAAGUUGUUGCAAAUUUACAAAGACAACAAGUUCAGUCAAGGUUGAUUGCAUCGGAAUACUUGGAAAAAAACACAGAUCUUUUGGAUAUAUUGAUAGGAGGUUAUGAGAGCUCAGACAUGGCCUUACACUAUGGUGCAAUGCUGAGGGAGUGCAUACGUCAUCAGAGUGUUGCAAGAUACGUUCUGGAAUCAGAGCAUAUGAAGAAAUUCUUCGAUUAUAUACAACUUCCAAAUUUCGACAUUGCAGCCGAUGCUGCUGCAACUUUUAAGGAACUCCUGACAAGACAUAAAUCUACUGUAGCAGAGUUUCUUUCAAAGAAUUAUGAAUGGUUCUUUGCAGAGUAUAAUUCAAAGCUACUAGAGUCUACCAAUUACAUUACAAGGCGACAGGCUAUUAAGCUGUUGGGAGACAUGUUGUUGGAUCGCUCAAAUUCAGUUGUGAUGACAAACUACGUGAGCUCAAGGGAGAACUUGAGAAUUCUUAUGAAUCUCCUCAGAGAAUCAAGUAAGAGCAUCCAGAUAGAAGCAUUUCAUGUUUUCAAGCUCUUUGCGGCUAAUCAAAAUAAACCUCCCGAUAUUGCCAGCAUACUUGUAGCAAAUAGAAGCAAGCUUUUGCGACUGUUUGCGGAUUUCAAAACCGACAAAGAGGAUGAACAAUUUGAAGCAGACAAAGCCCAAGUUGUGAGAGAAAUAGCUGCCCUUGAACCUAGAGAUCGGACAUGAGCAAGCUCGGGUCUCUUCUUGUAAUCUCAUUUUAUAUUCUUAAACUUAAUCAUUUUGUGAAUUACUUAGUUUCAUAGCGCAAUCAUGAUACUGGUAUGAACAUCUGAGGAAGCUUGCCAUUUACCAUGUAUUCUUUCCCAUACUCUUUGCUUUUUUCCAGUAGUCUGUUGCUCUGUCAUAUAAUUUAAACAUAAAGCUUUUGUAGCAAAAUAAUGACAGAAAUAAAGAAAAUUUGUUGAUACUUGAUACAA